AUGCUUUUUAAGAUGACACGCAAAGGCUUUCUCAUCAUAUUGGGAUUCACUAGUUUGGUGGUUGCAAUCAUUGUUUUGUGCUCAACCGCAAACACCACACCCUUGGCAAUGGAGAAAUGCUUUAGCACAGAAGUGGAUACGGAGAAUUCAACUUUAGAAUUAGUUCAUAUUGUUCUUCGCCAUGGCCCUCGUACUCCUGUAGAUACUUACCCCAAUGAUCCAUACUUACACUCUGGAUUUGAACCCACUGGAUGGGGUCAUGUUACAAAUAAAGGAAAACGUGAACUAUACGAGUUGGGCCAAUUAUUAAAUAAGCGUUAUGGGAAAUUUAUGGAGCCAUAUUAUACACCAAAUAAAGUCCAUGCUCAAGCAACAGCUUCACCAAGAGCAAUGAUGACCUUGGCAAUGGUAUUGGCCAGUAUGUUUCCACCAAAAAAUACACCUAUGGCAUGGCAUUCAUCGCUCAAUUGGCAGCCCAUACCUAUAUUCUCCGAGCCUUUAGACCAAGAUUCUUUACUUUUAGUGCGAACGCCUUGUCCUCGUUAUUUCGAGGCUCGUCAAGAAGUUUUGAAUUUACCAGAGGUUAAGCUGGAGCAUACACGGCACAAAGAGCUUUUUAGGAAUUUAUCAGCUCUUACUGGUCUCAAUAUCACCGAAGCAGAGCAUAUAAAUUCCUUAUAUAUAACUUUAGAAGCCGAGCGUGACUUUGGAUUGCCUUUGCCAGAGUGGACCAAAGAAUAUUUUCCCGAAAAAAUGCGUUUUAUGGCCGAAAUGAGUUACAUCUACAAUGCCUAUACUAGUGAAAUGCAAAAAAUCAAGGGAGGGCCGUUUCUGAAGAAAAUGUUUGACGAAAUGGAAAAGAAACGCAACAAUGCCCUGAGCCCCAGUGACAGGAAAAUGUUUAUAUAUACUGGUCAUGAUUGGACUGUGGGCAGUAUUCUGUCCGCUUUAAAGGUAUGGGAAAGACAAAUGCCUCUUUUCUCCGUCAUGACCAUAAUAGAGUUUCAUAAAUCCAAGGGCACCAAUGAAUACUAUGUGGAGAUAUUUUUGCGAAACGAUGAAAAGGGCUGCCUGCAUCAAUUGAGAGUUCCCCAUUGUCAUCGGAAAUGCCCUCUGGAUAGGCUUAUAAAAUUGAGCGCUGAUGUGCUACCCAAUGAAUCAUAUGAGGAACGUUGUACGCCGAAAAAUGAAGAAUUUGUGGAGCCCCCACCCAGAUUAAUUGAUCAAUAA